GUUCCAGUUGGAAAGGAGGUCGUGGGAGGGGAGGUUAUGGAGGUCCAACCCAUUGUCCAACCCAUUUGAACCCAUGUAUAUAUGGGUUAAUGUGGUUUUACCCAUUUAUGACCCAUAAUACAAUAUGGGUGGAUUUGGGCGGGUUAGACAUGGGCGGAUAUGAGCGUGUUCGGUGGUUGGGUUGAAAAUUGCCACCCGUAAAAUGGAGUGUGCGAGGUGUUGUGAACCUCGUGAUUUUAGAGUUCAUGGUACGUGUGCUUUUCUUUCAACUGAAAUUUAGAAGAAAGAGAAGAUAAAAUGGGGGUCAAAUUUAGCAUUUUUAUUUGCUUUUGGAGAUUGAAGUAUCUUUCUUCGCCAAAAUUCAGGUUGAAGCAAAAGUUCCACGCCUUGGACACAAGUUCCCCAUUGUUUACCAGUCAUCAAUAUCGAUUUCGUGCCUCGUUAGAAGAAGCUUUCGUUCAGUGCUUGAUAUUUAUACCCCUUGUUGAUUCCAUAACCAAGCCGACAGCUCAAUGUGAGCUUUGUGGCAAGCGGGCCUUUUUUACCCUACGGAAGAUUGGAGAGACAAAGAUGAAAUUGAUUGGUAGUUUGGAUGUCUAUAUGCUCGUGUGUCACCAGCAUUAUGACAAUGGACAAGUUGUUGAGUAAGCAGUACAGAAUGUCCUAAAACCUUAUAGCAAAGCUCAGAGCGACUCUCAUAUGGAAGAAGUUAUAGUUGUUUAGACACCUCUACUUACAUCCUAAUAUUAUUUUUGGGUUCUAUGUAUUUGAAUCAGCUGUCUGAAAACCAUGUUGAACUUGGAUAUUCUAUGCUGCUUUACUGAUUAGCCUUUGCAUAUGUUGCUAAUGUGACUAUUAGUAACUACUAUGAAUAUCUUGCUUUGAAGGAUCACUAACCAAAGCUCUGUAGUUGAGAACAAACUAUAUUGUUUGAUUA